AUGGCAUUCCCGGCAACAUCAGCGAAGGAGCUAACCAGUGAAGGUUUUUCGUAUAGGGUCCCAAAAAUAUCAGAUCCGGCUCUGUUUCAAGGGAGAUCUUUUGUCAGCUUCUCGGUGGUGGUUCUCCAGGGAUUUGAGGAGAUUGGCUCCGACAUCAUCAAUGAACAGUUGGUGGAGCUUGAUCAAAACCCCUCGGUUGUGGCAAAUGACUUGGUUUCUGCAUUCUCCCCAUCAACGGAUUGUGUCUUGGGUGGGGGUCUUGAGCAAUGGAUAUGCUUGGUAUGGGCUGCAUUGGCGACGGCCGAUGGCUUAGCUUCGGCGAUGGUAGAAAAUUCAGAGCUCCGCUCCUCGUUGUUUAUAUACUUGUCUUCUCUAAUAUGUUAUGGUCUCCAUUGUGGCCCCAACAUCAUCCUUUGA